GCCUUUCCUCCUUUUCUCCUUCUUCCUCGCUCGGGCCGCACACCUCUCUCUCUCUUUCUCUCACUCCCCUUUCCUCUCAUCUUCUCUUUGUCACGCCGGAAAGCUCGACUUCCGUAUGUCGUCUUUUGACACCGCCACCACCAAAAGAUAGCCUAGGCAACGGAGAACAAAACCCAGCCACCCCUCCGUCGAUCGAGAUGACCAGACCACAGCACGCAACCCCUAAAACUACGGCGUCGCUGUUCCUUAACCGGUACCUCUUCGAUCUCCGACCAUCUUUUCAACACACCGCCACCACUAACGUGCAGACCGAUCUUCUCUCCAGGUUCAUAGCCCUUCCAUCCUGUCACCGUGCCCUUCGACCUCAGCUUGUGCGCUGACGCCGUCGACUUGCCGGACACCGAUCCCAGGGUGGUCUACCACGUUAAGGGAUUCGAGCUCGAGCAGAUUUCCGUCACUCUCUCCGCCAGUUACGAUUUCUGAGGAUCUUCUAGAUUACAGAGGAAUCGCAAAUUGGAUGCAAGAUAAAGCCAUUGGCUUCCAAAAGUGUACAAGAAUCAGUUAACCAACUGCCCAGGAGACCCAUUUCGGCUAAUAAUUCAUCGAAGCCGGAAUCGACAAUAUGGGGCAGAACAGUGACCAAGAACAAGUAGAGAAGCUACGCUCAGCUUCAUUUAGAUUUGGGUUAGUCUGAUUUUUGCAACUGUGGGUAAGUUCAUCUAUGUAAAUUGUUUAGUUGUUUGAUUUGGAGGUGUUGAGGCUUCAGGAAUCUGGAAAAUAGAAUGUGUUGGGUUAUUAAUACAGUGAGAAUUGAUUAUGAACAUUGAGAAGGUUUACCUUUAUUUGUUUUGGAUAUUCAAUUAUGUGUUGGGUGUUCAUCUUGUUUUGACUAUGCUGAAAUCAUAGUCAAAACUGGUGUGUGCGUGCUUUAAGUGGAGCUGUAGUGUCGUCUUCGCUUUUGGGGGUUUCUUGUUUCUCUAGGUGCGUGCUUUAUAAUUGAACUUCUUCUCUAGUUUCUCUAGUCACAAAUGACAUCUCCUCAGUUAGGAAGCACUUCCAUUAAUUAUUAAUUUACCUUGCUUUUAGAAGGAUUCAAUUACAACAAUCUUGUUUUCAAUUCCAGUUUGUGUUCUGUGGUGUUGAAAGUUGGAGAGAGAUCGAUUGAUAUGGGAAUGAAGGUUGUUUAUAUACUGGAUCAAGUGUGGGCCCUGGAGAAUGAGAUGCUUCUUAGAAUACAGAAGCAAGGACUGGAUGUUAUUCCAAAGAUUCUGAUUGUUACUCGACUGCUACCUGAUGCAAAAGGAACAACAUGCAACCAGAGAUUGGAAAGAGUUAGUGGUACAGAAAACACAUAUAUCUUGCGGGUACCCUUCAGGACUAAGAAUGGAAUUCUCCGGAAAUGGAUUUCAAGGUUUGAUGUCUGGCCUUACUUGGAGACCUUUGCAGAGGAUGCAUCAAACGAAAUUGCUGCUGAGCUACAGGGUGUUCCAGAUCUGAUCAUUGGAAACUACAGUGAUGGAAAUCUUGUUGCAACUUUGUUAUCUUAUAAACUAGGAAUCACACAGUGCAACAUUGCUCAUGCAUUGGAGAAGACAAAGUACCCAGAUUCUGAUAUAUUUUGGAAAAGCUAUGAGGACAAGUACCAUUUGUCAAGUCAAUUCACCGCCGAUCUCAUUGCAAUGAACAAUGCAGAUUUCAUAAUCACCAGUACAUACCAAGAGAUUGCGGGAAGCCAGAUCAAUGUUGGACAGUAUGAGAGCCACACAGCUUUCACUCUUCCUGGGCUGUAUCGAGUUGUUCACGGGGUUGAUUUUUUUGAUCCUAAGUUUAAUAUUGUGUCUCCAGGAGCAGAUAUGUGCAUAUUGGCAUCGAAACCCAUCUUGAACUAGCUCAAGGAUUUGCAAUACCAUGACAGUUUAUUAAUUGCAUCUACUUUUCUUUCCUUGCAGUGAUUUUGCUUACAACUAUCUUAGUGGUACAAUACUAAAGGAAUGGACUUCAAGCUUGCAGUGAUUUUGCUUACAACUAUCUUGGGAGAUCGAGCAAAUUGUAUUUUUUUUAUUAUCAUGUAAAGCUCAUGAAACUUGAAAGCUUGUUAAGCUAAUGAAAUAGAUAUAGGCACUUGGGCAAGCUUAAUUCCUAUGUAAAUGUUAGGAUGAAUACUACUGAUGGAAUGAAAUGGUUUUUGGAAUCAA